GAAAUUGAUCAAAAUCAACAACAACAAGAACAACAACAAUAUCGACAAUUUCAGGAACAAAAUUUGUUAAAAAUAGAUCAACAACAAUCAUCAUCAUCAUCAUUAUCGAAAAUAUUGAAAGGAAAUAGGAAAAUUUUGGAUACGACAACAUUUGAAACCGGUUUAAAUCGAAUCAAAGAUAAUAAUUCAAACAACGAUAUGUAUCAGAAAAAAGGUAUCCUAAUACAUUCGGCAAGCAAACAAUCCGGAAUAAAUAAUAGAAAUGAUAUUGAUAUGAAUCGUAAUAAUAUAAAAAAAUUAAUACCGAAAAAACGUGUUGCAUUUGUUGAAUUUGAUCCGGAAAUUAUUGGAUUUCGUUGCCCAUCAGACGAUGAAGAUGAUGAUCAAGAUUUAUUAGAUUUUGUUGUUCAACAAAAUAAUCAUGAAAAAUCAUUGAAUGGAAAUAUUGUUAAACAAAAUGGUGAUGAAAUCGCUAACGAUGAUGAUAAUGAUGAUGGUGAUUCUGAAAGUGAUCUCGAUUUGAAAAAAAUAACUGCUUCCAAUACAUUGUUCAAUUCAAAUUAUGGAAAUUUUAAAUCCUUUAGUGAUGGUGUUCUUGGUCGACCAAAAUUAUCAUCUACAACCGAUAAUGAUAAUGGUAAUAAUGGUCCUGUCAAAUUUAAGAUAUCUGAUAGCUAUCAAAAGCCAUUACCCGAAACUGUUAUCAUCAGUAAACAGACCAAUUCAAUACGACAAAUGUUUGAAAAAAAUCAAAAAAAUACAACAAAAAAUGAUGAUUUAAUGACAAAUGUUUCAAAACCACCACCAUCAUCGAAUAUCAAUCUACAAAAUGCUAACAACAACAACAACGACAAGGAAAAUGAAAAACGACUUGUGGUCAAUUUUCGUGAUGUUUCAGAACAGAUCAAUCAUUCGAAUACUGGUACGACUAUCAGCAAUAAAAAUAAUAAUAACAACCAAAAUGUUACGAAAAUUCCCAAAGUUAAAUUACAGCUUUCAAACAAUAACAAUCAUCAAUUGUCAACAAUAGCCAAUGGAACAUUGUUAGAAAAAAAGAUUAAAGAAAUUGAUAUUGAUCGAAUACGUAUACCUCGUGCAUCGAUACAAACAACAAUGAUCAAUGUAAAACAACGAAAUAAUAAUAAUAAUGAUAAUGAUUUAGAUAAUUUGAAAAGUGAUAUAAAAUGUGAAAAUUAUCGACAUGAUAAUAAUGAUGAUGAUCCUCAUCAUUAUCGUGAUCAUAAAUUAGAAAUCGACAAUAAACAACAUUUUCCUUCAAACAUUAAUUGUAAAGAAAAUAAUGGUGAUAAUGAUUCAUCAUUAAUAUUGGUUGAUAAUCGUGAAGGAUCUAUAUUAACAUUGGAUAGUAAAAAUUUGUCACAAAUUGAUCAUACAACAACAACAGAUAGUGAAUUAUUUUAUUUACCAACCGUAUCUUGUGCUAGUAAAAAAUUAAAUACAAAAAAUAAAUCAUCCAAUGAUAAUCAUAAUCUGGAUACAUUAUCACAAUCAUCAUCAUCAUCCGGUUGUUGUUCAGUUUCGAAUUCAUCAUCUUCAUCUACAUCCGCUUCAUCAUCAUCAUCAUCAUCACAUUCAACAUCGCCUACAAAUAUUGAAACAUGUUCAUCAUCGUCAUCAUCACCUGAUUCAUUAGAAUCUUCACCCGAUUCAUAUGAUUCAUCUUCAACAAAAUUAUCAUCAACAAUUUCGGAUAAUGGUAAUGAUGAAAUGUUGGAAACUGUAAAAGAAGAAGAUUAUAAUAAUAAUGAUGAGAAAACGUUACAAACGAGCAGCAGCAGCAGCGUACAUCAUGAUGAUAGUUCAUCGAAACAACAACAACAAGCAGCACAAAAAGUUGAAAAUCAAUCCAUCACCAUGACUAUCAUCACUAAUAAUUCAUCUUCUAGAAGACCGGAAAUUUUUGAUCAAUUUCAUAAUCAAUUUGAUGAUGAAAAUGAUGGUCCGGAUGAAAAUUAUGUUGUUUUCCAGCCGAAUCUUUCAUCAAACAAAUCAAUUGUCAAUGUUGAAACAAUACAACCAAAAGAAUCAGAAUCACGACAUACAAGUACCAUAGUUAUAAAUUCGAAUGGUUCAAGUGAAAUUACAACAUCUAUUCUAACAAAUAGUUCAUUAAAACAUUCUGAUUCUAGUUCAUCAGAAGAUAAACGUAGUCGAAUGUUAGCCAAAAUGGCACUCGAUUUACAGCAACAUCGUAAUAUUCAAGAUCAUCUUGAUUCAUCAUCAACACCAACUUUUAAUUUAUCAAGAUCUGGUUCAAAUCAAUCCAGUAUUGUAUCAUCCAAAACAAAUGAAUCUUUUCGUGAACGUUUAAUUCGAGAAGCAUAUGAAACAAAUGAUGAUAAUAAUAGUGUUGAUAAUCAUCGAAGUGAGGGAGUGUUUGGAAAAUUUAUAUCCAGUAAUAAUAACAAAAAAGGUUCAAUAUCUAGUGAUGAUGAUAGCAGCGAUGAUGAUUGUGAUGCUAAUGACGAUAAAGAUGAUAAAGAAAGUGUUGAUUUUUCCGAUUUCAGUGAUAUAAGUGAUCGUAUAGAUGAGGAUGAUAAUGUAUGCAAUUUUGAUAAUUCGAAUGAAAAAUUUUCCAAUCCUACUGCCAAAAAAUCAAUUUCAAAAUUAUUUAAAAAUGUUGUCACAUUUAAUUCAAACAAUCAGAAAAAAUAUAAAAAAAUUAUGCAAAAAAAUCUUCGUAAAACAUCAAAAUUUAUCACCGAAACAACACAACAAAUAAGAAUGGAUACUAGUGAUAUGGUUAGAAGAUUAAAAACUGAUAAAAAAUCUGCAACAUAUGAUAAGGAUGCUCGCCAUGGAAAAUGGAAUCUGAUGGGAGGAUCAACAUUGCCAUCAAAAUCACAAAACGGCUUCAAUGGAUCAUCAUCAAACGAAACGUUGGACGAAGAACCAACAUUAGUCAAAAUUAAACGUCUUGAAUCUACUAAAUAUCAAAAACCACCUUCUUUAUUACAUCCAAAGAAUGUAAACGAUGUGCCAGUUUUACCACCUAGAUCAUUAAAAUCAAAAGUCAAUCUUUCAUUGAAAAAUAUUAACGAAGAAGAUGGCGAAAGUUCACCGUGUGCACCACCACCAACUUCUCCUAAUACAACUGAAAACGAUUCUGAACCACCUAAACCGCCUAUUCGACGAGCAAAAGCAAUCAAAAGAAAUGCAGAGCUUUCAGUGGAAAAAGCUUUAUCAUCUUUAGAAGAUAAGUUGAAUGUCAUCAAUAAUGAUGCCGAUAAUUUGGAUGAUCUCGUUAGUAUUAUUGAAGAUUUUCGAGUUUCAUUAAGAGAUUGUCGAUUCUAUCGUAUAAAUCUACUUCCAUUAAAUGUUGAGGCUCAUAUGUUGACAUCAAAAACUUUUUGGGUAACCUGUUAUGAUAAGAAUUUUCUCCAACGUUAUUAUGGUGGUCAUCCGUGUCUUUUAUUGCAGAAAAAAUGGACCGAUUUUCUUACCAUUAGUGCAUUUUGUGACCGUCUUAAUCGUUCUUUUGCUAAUGAUAAUCGUCAAAUGUUAAUCGAUUCUAUCGUAUUACAAUCUUAUUGUAUUUUGGCUCGAUUCGAAACCACCCGUCAUGAUCAUCAACAAUCAUUAUCAAAAAAUCCAUCAAAAGAUAAAAAUCGUCUAUUAACUGUUGGUGACAUAAACGAUGCAUUAGUUGGAAUCAGUGUUAAUGAUGACAAAGAAAUUGUUGAUGUAUUAUUAUUGUUGCCAUCCAAAACAAUCGAGGUUGAUAAUGAGGAAACGAAUCCACUUGAAUUAGAUUCCUUAUCAAUGACGCAGGCAUUUUGUUUACAAGUAUUUAUAAUGCGUUUAACAAGGCUUAUUUCUUCAAAUCAAUCGGAAGAAAACAAAAAGCUAUACAAUCAAUCAAGUCAUUAUCAAAAUGUUUCGAAACGUUCACAUACGUUUAACACUUUACAUGAACUGAAAAUUCUAUCGGCCAUUGAUAUAUUUCAUAUUGUUGAUUAUGAUCAAAAAGAUGAAUCAUUAAUUCACAAACAAAUUAAUUCAUGGUUCGAUGAUCAUAGUCAAUCUAUUGAAUUGAAGCGACGAUAUUUUCCAACCAAUAGUGAUAAUUCAAUAUCGAUUCUUGAUUAUUUGGAAUUGAAUUUUCUUGCUAACACAUCAAAACAGAUGGCAUCUGAUCUAGUGUACAAAGAUCGUUCGGAAUAAUGAUUUUUAUAAGCCAAAAAAAUAUUUUAUUCGAUGUAUAAAUAAUUUUUUUU